UUUUUUUGGAUUAUCUUUAUGAUAGAUUAUACUACCGCUGCCCAUCUCCAGUGAAUGGCGGACGAGAGCAACAAAGCAGCGUUGCUUUCUGCUAAUUGUCUUUUCACAAGUCUACCGGAUCAUCUGCUGAUAGAGAUAUUCAUUCGUGUUCCCAUCUCAGAUUGGGGACAAGUCUCUUGUGUUCAGAAACACUGGGCUGAUUUGUUUCGGGGAGAGUGCUUGUGGCAUGCGGCUCUCAUUAGGAGUUUUCCUUUGGCUGGUCAAGCUAAAAGAUGGCCAGGCCCUAUUCCUUGCGGGUUGAGCAAAAGGAGGUUUGCUGCAUUCUAUGUCUGUAAAUACAUCUUUUCCCUUGAUGAUGAAAUGGAUGAGAUCGUAGGUCAUACUUAUUUGUUUCUGAAAGAGCAGCUUGAGAUCUUUACCAUGCCUCCUCCAUCUGGGGUUCUCCAUGGAACGAUAAUAGAUCAAUUUAUUGCCUGUGGUAAGUCACGAGACAAGGCACACGAGCUUGCUUCACUGAUCUGGUUGGCUGUUAUUGACAACUUCGAGGAAAAUCAGGAAACCUUUCUGUUACUUAAACGCCUUGCAUUUGAGGGAGAUGUUUUUCUGUCAUAUCCCUACUCAAGAUCAUACAAAGUUCAGUGGAGGAUUUUCGAGAGACUUUUUACAGAUUUUCGUGACUGCUUUAAUCAGUCAGAUUACUACGAUUUAUUGGCACUUGCCAAACACAAGUUUCUGCCAAUACCUUCUACUUGGUUGGGUUACUAGCUUAGCUCAAUUUGGCAUGUCAUGAACCAUGCAAAACUGUGCAUAAAUAUGUUACUUCUGUUCUGAAAACAUCAAGCUUUGUGAUACUAAUGUUGCUUUGGUUUAUUCGAAUAGGUUUUCACCACGAUUUCUAUGUAGUCUGUAAUAUCGGAAUUAGUUUUGGUAAUAUAUAUUGUUACAUUUGGAACAAAAUUUGGCUUCGGUUCACAUCUUGGUUGAGGGUUUUGUAGUAGGAUAAUAAAUUGUAAAUUUUCACAAAAUGUGUUUUACUCA